ACGCUAGGAACUGAUUGCUCGACGCUUGGCAUGUUUACAUGGAAGUUCGACAAAGUCUGCCGAAUUCAAAGAAGCUCAGUCAUGCCCCACUGAGCGUGCGUAGGAUUGCAGCCUGCCCUGAAGAGGCUGCAGAAUUUCUACCUGGGCUCCUCCUCCACAGUGGCCUGCUGAGGACUGCACUGAGAUCUGUUACCGCGUGGCAGAAACGGGCAGGUCUGGUUUAGGAAGCUGGAGUUGCUUCUUCUGGGCAGAUCUCUAACCUUUUGUUUAUUAAGGACAAACACAAAAACGACCUCUGCCGUGGUUGCCUGUUAGAUAAGGAUGGCAAAAAUGUUUGCGUGCUUAUCUUUGCUUCCCACCUCCCUCCUUUGGGUGCGUCGUCGUCGUCCCCUCCUUGUCCUCGACGUCUCUGGAGGGCAGAAGCACGGGACUGAAGUCCACCUCCCCCUCCCCCUCGUGGCCAUCCGCCUUAAUGCGUGGAGUCCUUCGUUAUUGGGUCCCGAGAGGCCGCCCAGGAGGUGGGGCUUCGUGCUUGUGAGUUGCCUCGUCCUAGCUCAGAUAUGAGACAUGAGUGUUGGACGCAGAAGAUUAAAGUUGCUGGGAAUUCUAAUGAUGGUGAACUUCUUCAUAUAUGUGAUCGUGGAAGUAUCAAAGAGCAGUGGCCAAGAAAAGAAUUCAAAAGGACAUGUUGUAAUACCCACGAACAAAUUCUGGAGAAAGUAUACUCCUCACAAGGCAUAUUGGAAUAAACAGCAGCAGAAGUUGGAACACUUAUACAAUCCUAUUUUGGCAUUGCUUUCCAAUAUGACUGUGGAGGAAAGUUUUUCUUCUAAUGCUAGUGUUUUGAACUCCUGUGACCCUGACCCAACUGUAUCUUCGGAAGUUAGUGGCUUUGCAGAUUUGCCAGAUAGAUUUAAAGACUUCUUAAAUUACUUGAGAUGUAGAAAUUAUUCUUUAUUAGUAGACCAACCACACAAGUGCAAACAUAAACCUUUUUUGCUUCUGGCUAUCAAAUCACUUAUACCACAUUUUGAUAGAAGACAAGCAAUUCGUCAGUCUUGGGGGAAAGAAAUUAAAUCAGGAGACAUAACUAUUGUGAGGGUCUUUCUAUUGGGCCAGACCCCUCCAGAGGAUAACUAUCCUGAUCUCUCUGAUAUGCUGAAAUUUGAGAGUGAAACCCACAAAGACAUUCUUCUGUGGAACUACAGAGAUACUUUCUUCAACUUGACUCUGAAAGAGGUACUGUUUCUGAAAUGGGUCAGUAAUACCUGCCCAGAUGCCCAGUUUAUUUUCAAGGGAGAUGAUGAUGUUUUUGUGAAUACCCAUCAGAUCCUGGAUUACUUGAAGAGCUUAACCAAGGAUAAAGCCAAGGACUUGUUCAUAGGUGAUGUGAUUAAAGAUGCUGGACCUCAUCGUGAAAAGAAACUGAAGUACUAUAUUCCAGAAAGUAUUUAUGAAGGCUCUUAUCCUCCAUAUGCAGGAGGUGGUGGGUUUCUCUAUUCUGGGGAUCUGGCACUAAGAUUAACAAAUGCAUCUGAGCAGGUCCUCCUUUAUCCUAUUGAUGAUGUGUAUACUGGAAUGUGUCUUCAGAAACUUGGGCUUGCUCCAGAAAAACACAAAGGAUUCAGGACAUUUGACAUCGAAGAGAAACACAGGAAUAACAUUUGUUCCUAUACAAAUCUAAUGUUGGUUCACAGCCGGAAACCUCAAGAAAUGAUUAAGAUUUGGACAAACUUGCAGGAUCCACGCUUAAGUUGUUAAGUACAUAUGUGACUUGUCUAAAAUUUCCAAAUUUGGGUUUAAAUUUCUUGGCUAAAUGGUUAAUACACUGUCUUCGUAUGGUGGCUUAUUUUGCAAAACAAAGUUAGCUAUAAACUGUCUGUCUAGUACUUCUAAAAGCAGGACUCCAAUAACAGGGCACAUUUUGAGGAUAUGGCAUGAAGAUGUAAUCUUUAUAUUUCUACUGUCAUGUUUCAAUAUUUUCACCUAAUAAAAUAUUGAAAAAUCAUAGCCUUCAGAAAUUGUGAUUAAACUCAUCAUUGAGUAAAUUACUAGUUAGUCCUGUGGUAUUGGAAGUACAGUUUUCCUGUUUUCUAGUGCUGGUAAUUUUAAUUGUGGUCUGUUUUAAUGACAACUUCAUUUAACUGAAGUCAUACACUUCUUGACUUGUUUACCUGAGAUGAAACAUCUCUGAAAUUAUGUUGUAAGUCAGAUUCAGGAAGGUAGUUUCUAAAUAAACAUGGCAGAUAAUGCCCUAAUUACUGAAAGAUUUUUAAAAACAUUUUUAACCCUUCUAAUAUUACCCCACCACUAAACAGUAUUCAAUUAAAUGUGAAACAGACACAUUGGUGCAAUCUAAAUGACAGUGCAUUUAAAUGUUCAAAUGAUAUAUUAUUCAUUUGCAGAGAAGCUAUAUAACUUUAAAACGUGACGUGUAAAUUUGAGAGGUUGAGGCUUUUUAUAUAUCAGACAAUAUAUAAUGGACAAACAUUUUACAAUUUUACUGGUAUUAAAGCUACACACUCUCCUUUUACCAAGAUAAUAGGCUUCAUAUUUGCUCAGUUGUUGUCUUCUACAUUGAUUUUAAAAAAAGAUACUAGGCAACUUGGAUUUGAGCUAAUUAACUGGUUUGUGAAAUUGCACAUUGGUUCAUAAAAACUGGGCAUUCCCUGCAGGCUAGACUUGCAAUCUCAUAGAUAAGUGGUGGUUUUUGAUAUCCCAAGUAUAAGUGAACCCUAAACUUGGAAGGAGUAUCUCAAAGGAAUGAUCCUUGAAACCCCAGAAGUCCUACCUGCCAUAUCUUCAUCUGUGUCAUAUGAGAUAAUUAUUCAAAACGGUGACUGCUUUUAUAUAUGUAGAAGUGCCUGUAUUUAUUCAGAUGGAAGACCAAAACACUUUCUUAAAUAUAUUUAAGAAAAUUUUAUUUGUAUAGUGUUGUCAGUCAUAUUUAAAUAGAAAAUGCUAUUUUAAAUGUGUUGAAAAUAUUAAAUAUAUUAAAAUAAAGUUAGUUGUUUUUUAAUUUGAAAAAUGCAAUUUAAGUAGUGUUUUGUGUAGAUCCUGGAUUUUGUGUAAUUCUUCCAGACAAUUCACUGAAUAGCAAUCACUAACUGGACAAUCCGUUCAGGAGUAUGUUGGAACUUACAUUUAUUACAGUACUUAGCUCCUGGUCUGUGAUCUGCUGCUUGAGGAGCAAGCCCAUAAAACUGGACACUAUUCUUGCCCAUCUGCAUACUGGUGUGCAAUUUCUGUCAUUGUGCUGCUUGGUUAGGAGUAGGUUGUAACUAAAGUGACACUUUGCAGUGGAAAGGAUCCUCUGUUCCCACUAGAUUCAUUGGUGCCAUAUAAGAACAAUUCUAUUGCUCUGAUGCACAGAAGACGUAAUGGCCUUGUGAGGAUGCACACACUCCCACACCUGCAAAUACAACAAAGUCUUAUGGCAUUUCAGACUAACAAACGUAUUGUAGCACAAGCUUUCAUGGUCUAAAGCCGAUAUGCUUAAUAAUACAGAAAGAGAGGGAGAAACAUUGUAAACAGAGAGGUGAAAGGUCUAUGGGAUGUAAGAGGUGAAGUCCAUGACCAUUUUUAUGUAAAGCUUAAAUCUAAGAGAUAAAAGUACACCUAUAAUUAGUGGCCUCAAAAUCUCAAAUGCCUUAAAGGCAUAUAGAACUCUUUUUCUAGAUCGAAAAGAUUCCACAAUUGCAUUCUUCCAUUGAAACCCAUCAACAAGCUAGAGCUUACUUGAUGGAGGAGGGUGGUGGUGGUGAUGAUAUGUUUCUGCCCAAAUUGUCCUUCAGUUGAUUCUUAAGUGAUAAAGUUGCAUGUGUAUGUUAACAAGGAAGAUGUACUUGCCCACUUAGUUCUCUGUGUGUGGUUUACUGAGCCAUCUUAUUUUGUCCAUCUACUUUUCUGUAUCCAGUUUUAUGGCUGUUCCUCCACUGCCUGUUGUAUUUCCUAGCUUCAUGUUAUCUGCAGUCUCUAAAUUUUAUUGAAAAACAUGACUUUCUUUCAACUAUAUUUUUGUAAAUCAAAUAAAAUUUCUUUGAAUUUGAAAA